GGGCGAGUGUGGAGGAGAGCAGGUUAGGCUGAGCUAGUGGCAGAGGAGGAGACUGAGCGAUUUGCAGCAGGAAGCAGCCGCUCUGACACGCUGUCUUCUCUCUCUCUUUCUCUCUGUUUCUCCUUCUCCCCCUCUCUGCACAAAGCCCGAAUGACGUUGCGGGGUGGAAGGUGGAAGGUGCUUCGACGGACCAACACCUGAGGAAAACGCGAAAACAACUGCAAAAGGGAGUCUGACGAAGGGUCUCGACCCGAAACUUCACCCACUCCUUCAACCCUGCCUGUCCCGCUGAGUUACUCCAGCAUUCUGUGUCCACGUCUAGUUCCUUCCCACACAGCUGCUGCAAACACCGAGCGGGUUUCUCUCAAGGCAUUCUUGUUUUGGCUGCUGUUUGUUUUAAAGCAACGCGUUUCCUUGGGGGCAGGUGCAUGUGGAGGGGGUUAGUGCGGAUCCCCGCCACAACAACAGCAGCAGCAACAGCAGCAGCGGCGGCGGCUCCGCUCCACCCCGGCAACCUGGAGUGAACGGCAGCUGGAGAUGGCGAACUGUGGCAGUUCCCCAGGUGUAGACAUGAAGACUUGCCUGGAUGAAUGCAUGAUGGCCAUGAACAUGUUCCUCAACAACCAAUUCAGCGAGAGCCUUGAGGUGCUGAAACCAAGGGCCAAGGAGAGCAUGUACCACUCUCUGAUGUACGCCACCAUUUUGGAAAUGCAAGCCAUGAUGACCUUUGAACACGAUGACAUCAUCAGUGCUGGUCAUACGAUGAAAGAGGCGCAGGAGAUUUGUCAAAGGUUUCGAAAGAAGUCCACUGUUGUCGGUUCCCUCUCGAGUCUGGUGAACAAAUCAUCUGGUGACCACUUCACUGAAGAGGAGAUCCAUGCAGAGGUGUGUUACGCAGAGUGUUUGCUGCAGAGAGCUGCCCUAACGUUCCUACAGGAUGAGAACAUGGUCAGUUUCAUCAAGGGCGGGAUUAAAGUCAGGAACAGUUUCAUGAUCUACAAAGAACUCCAUAACUUCAUGCAGUCAAAUCUCUUCAGCAAAGGACCCAAUCAUUAUCACUUGGAAGGAGGCAUUAGUCUGGGAAUUGGGGCGUUUAACCUGGCACUGUCCAUGUUUCCCACACGGAUCCUGAAGCUGCUGGAGUUUGCUGGUUUCUCUGGUGACAAGGAAUUUCUUUAGUCAGAGGUCUAUCUUGGCCAAUUCACGUCUCAUACCCUCAAAGCUGUGAGAUCUUGCAUCAACAUGUCUUGUUUUGUCUCGGCUGCAGGGACGGGGGAGGAGGAUGUGACGGAUGCCGUGGAUUUGCUUCGACCGUACCUCAUUAAGUACCCCAAGGGUGCAAUAUUCCUGUUCUUUUCGGGAAGAAUCGAAGAGAUCCAGGGAAACCUCGACAAGGCAAUCGAGAGGUUUGAGGAGGGGUGUGCUGCUCAGCAGGCAUGGAAACAGUUCCACCACAUGUGCUACUGGGAGCUGAUGUGGUGCUUCACCUACAAGCGGCUGUGGAAGAUGGCCUACUUCUACGCAGAUCUCCUCAGCAAAGAGAGUCGUUGGUCCAAGGCAAUGUAUGUCUACAUGAAGGCAGCGUAUCUGAGUAUGCUCCCCGAACACGAAGCUAAGCCCUUUGGAGACAACGAGGUGGAAUUGUUCAGGCAGGUCCCCCAGCUGAAGCAGAAGAUUGCCGGCAAGUCGCCCCCCACCGAGAAGUUUGCGAUCAGGAAGGCCAGGAGGUACAAGUCCAACGUUCCGGUGAGGUUGCCGGUGCCAGCUCUGGAGAUGAUGUACAUGUGGAACGGCUUCACGGUCAUUGGGAAGCAGUGGAAGUUAACGGAGGAAAUGCUGGAGACAAUCUGUGAAGCUGAGGCAUCGCUGGAACAGACUUCACCUAAUGAAUACCUGGAAGAUGACAAGUGUGUGGUGAAGCUGUUGAAAGGCUUGUGUUUGAGACACGUGGGGAAGGUUCUGGAAGCGGAGCAGUGUUUUGUCUACAUUUAUGAACAUGCGAAGAAGAUCAAGUACGACCACUACCUUAGCCCGAACGCGCUCCUGGAGCUCAGCCUGCUCUUCAUUCAACAGGACCGGAAAGAGGAGGCCAUUAAAUGGUUGAGACGUGCUAAACAAAACUACAAGGACUACUCCAUGGAAUCCAGGACUCUCUUCCGGAUACACGCUGCUCUUUCCAAACUGAAAGCAGAGAAAGAUGAGAAUGGGCUGGAAGGGACUGCUCUCUAGACGUGAAGAUGAUCCAGUGCAAAACAACAAAGGACUCGGUGAUUAAGACGGGGGAAAGGGAGGGGCUGACAGGAAGAGCAGGGACAUAGAAUUAAACGGGCAGCUUUGCUCCAGAGAACACCAGGGGAGCUGGAAGUUGCCCUGUGCCAUUUUUGAUUUGAGGAAAGAGCGUGGGGAGUGUGUAACCAUGGGGAUGGAGCGGCUGCCAUUUUGUUUUCCACUGGACCUGAAGGGCAUCGUGAAUUCUCAUUCCCAGGCGGGAAAGAGCUGGAAUUCCUGGAGGGGGCUGGCCAAAUGAAAGGAGGGGGGAAAAAAUGCCCUGGAAAAGGGGCACAAAACUAGCUUGUCCUUUCUCCAAUUUCCUGGCAAUACCAGGUAGCUGGGGGCCUACUCCUGCCAGUUCAUGGAGGCCUAGUUUAGGCCACUCGGGUUAGAAGUUUACUUAAUAGUACAAAUGCAUAAUUUUAACGUUUAUGAUGUAAUUUGGAAUGUUUCUAAAUUUAGAUUCUGUAGAUAGACUGUGGAAUAUUGGGAGACUGGUUUGGAUAAUUACACAAAUUAUUUUAUAUGCUGCCACUUAAGAGAUUUUAUAUUUUACAUUCAAAUGGAGGUGUUAUAUUUCAUCGUUGCUCAAAUCGUUGCAUGAACAAUCGUUGAUUGCUGCAUUAGCUGGAUGUGGCUGGUUAGUGGCUUAAUAUUGGCGUCAGAUCUGACCCAUCCUGGAAGGUUUUGCUGAAAACCUUUGGAAAACUGUGGGCUUUUCCAAUAUUCCAGUGUUUAAAUGAAGCCAGGAAAAACAGAAGUGCCUGGUACAUCCGUUCCUUUGGCUGGCUUCGACUUUGCUUUUAUGUGCUGCUAUUUAAGAAUUGCAAAGAGCGGAUUCUGUAAGCAGACCUCAGCGAUCACCAAAGCUUCCACACAUGUCCAGUCCCAGCCUUAUCCGAUUCCAGUGUGUACAAAUAUCCAUCAGGGGCUGAGAUGGUGUUGCCUGCUCACAUUGCCACUCGAUGGCCCAGUUUAGUUUAGUUUAGCUAAGAGAUACAGCGUGGAAACAGGCCCUUCGGCCCACCGAGUCCGUGCCCUUACACUAGCACUAUCCUAUAUCUCAAUAAGGUCACUGCUUACUGCUUAACCUCCUAUGCUCCAAAGAAAAUUAUGGACAAUUUACAAUCUUUACCGAAGCCAAUUAACCUACUUUCCUGCACGUCUUUGGAAUGUGGGAGGAAACCGGAGAUCCCAGAGAAAACCCACGCAGGUCACGGAGAGAACGUACAAACUCCGUACAGACAGCACCCGUAGUCAGGAUUGAACCGGUGCCACUGACUGUAAGGCCUGGCAACAGCUCCCCACUUGUCCCGGAUUAACUGGGCAGGGCCUAAUCCCAAGGCUCAUUGAUCAGGUCAGGAAUUGAAGAAGGGUCCCGACCCGAAACGUCGCCCAUUCCUUCUCCCCAGAGAUCCUUCCUGUCCCGCUGAGUUACUCCAGCUUUUUGUGUCUUAUCAAGGAACUGCAAAUGCUGGUUAACUAAAAAAAGACACAAAGUACUGGAGUAACUCAGUGGGUCAGUGGCAUCUCCCCAUGACCAUCAGUCGGAAGACAGGUCCUGUCCCGAAAAGUGCUGGAGUAACUAAGCAGGUCAGGCAGCAUCUCUGGGGAACAUGGAUAAGCGAUAUUUCAGUCGAGACCCUUCUUCAGACUACUGAAGAAAUUCACCAGCUCCUUCAUCUUUGUGUCCAUUUCUUCACCAAACCCAUUUUCUCCAGAGAUGCUGCCUGACCCACUGAGUUAUUCCAGCUCUUCUAUGUGUUGAGAAGUCAGGAAGCCUGAUUUCCUUUAAACCAGCAUCUGCAGUUCCUUCCUAUACAUUUCCACUGAGUGAUUCCUGGCUUGUCUUGAAUUCUUACCUCGUCCAAGACUGGCCAACAACUAAACCAGGAAUCUGCUUUCUGAAGGUCAUAACCCAAUGUGCGACCUUCUGUCCAUUAAUGAGGAUGUUAAGCCAUCAUUUGGUUAUCAAUGUAACUAUCUGAUUACCUCCCAAGAUGGAUCAGAGAAGGGACAACAAUCUCCAUCUCAAAAAUAUUCAUUGACUUGGCCUCCAGUCAUAGCAGCAGAAUUAGGUCAUUCGGCCCAUCAAGUGUACUCUGCCAUUCAAUCAUGGCUGAUCUAUCUCUCCCUCCUAACCCCAUUCCCCUGCCUUCCCCCCCCCCGACACGCGUACUAGUCAAGAACCCAUCAAUUUCCACCUUAAGAAUAUCCAUUGGCGACUUCCACAGCCUUCCUUGGCAAUGAAGUCCACAGAUUCACCAAUGCCUUGCCUUUCCCAAGUCGUGUCACAUCAUGGGCUUGCAACGUCUAUUCCAACCAGGUCUACUCCCCUUGUUGAGGACGCACUGCCUCAGCCUCAGCUCAAGGCUGGAAUGUACUGAGAAGCUGCACUUGCAGAACAACCUGGUUGAGCCUUCCAUCUUAAUUCUAUGGAGUUCUAUCCCCACAUCUCAGCAAGAAUGCCCGUGGGACAAUGCAAAAUUGAUGCUGGUGUUAAUAGGUUAACAUCAAGAGUGCGCACAGUCUGGGCUUGAUCCUUGGUCACGAAGUCUGUGUGGUUUGCAUGUUCUCUCCGUAAUCACAUGGAUUUCCUCCCUCUUCCCAAAGGCACGUGGGUUUGUAGGUGAAAUGGCCUCUGUAAAUUGAUGGAUGGUCGGCAUGGCCUCAGUGGGCCAAAUGGCCUUUUUCCAUGCUGUCUCUCUGAAUGUAACAUCGUGAAACUAGUUUACACAUAUUUAUGUCAAUGCAUAAGAUUUGUUUCUGCUACCUUGAGGUGCUUAAGGUAAUUGUAGAGGAAAAAGAAACACAGGAUUAAUGCUUGAUGGUGGACACACAAUCGUCGGGCUGAAGGGCCUGUUGCCAUACGGUGUGGCUCAUUCUAAAAGGAAGGCUGGGUCAGGGACAAGGAAGUGCAGAUGCUGCUUUACCACACAAAUUGUAGCAAAGUAACUCAGAGGGUCAGGCAGCAUCCCUGGAGAACAUAGACUGAAGCAGGGUCCCAACUAAAAACAUCCCCUCUCCUUGGUUCUCCAGAGAUGCUGCCUGACCUGCAGAGUUACUUAAGCACUCUUGUGACAAUCCUGGACCUUGGAGCAGGUUGGCAGGAAGAAUAACCUCAACCUGAGGAAAGGCGAGGAACAUAUCUCCUCUACUUCAGGCUGAGGGGCCUGUUUCCACGCUUGUAUCUCUAAACUAAAUUUAAUCUUCAUAUCUGACCCUUCCCCACGAAGAGUCUGCUAGACAUUUUACCACAAACCUCUCACAGCUUCCACCCUCAGACGGAACUAUUUGAACCUUGAUGGUCUGCUUGGGAAUGAACUGGAUCAAACCAAAGAUAGACACAAAAAGCUGGAGCGACUCAGCGGGACAGGCAGCAUCUCUGGAGAGGAGGAAUAGGUGACGUCUCAGAUCGAGACCCUUCUUCAGACUGACCCGCUGAGUUAAUGCCCCUGUCCCACUUAGGAAACCUGAACGGAAAUCUCUGGAGACUCUGCGCCCCACCCAAGGUUUCCGUGCGGUUCCCGGAGGUUGCAGGUGGUUGCCAGAGGUUGCAGGUAGUGGAAGCAGGUAGGGAGACUGACAAAAACCUCCCAGAACCUCACGGAAACCUUGGGUGGGCCGCAAAGUCUCCAGAGGUUUCCGUUCAGGUUUCCUAAGUGGGACAGGGGCAUUAUGUGUCUAACUGGAGUUGAUGAUCACUCGGUAUUUCUGGGAGCUUGCUUUCACACGGAUGAUGAAGCUGCCAGCAGCAACAUACUGCUACUGCGCAGAGAGCUGUGCCUUUGAUAGAAAAUUCAGCCAACUGUUAGUGCAACCAAACCUUUACUCUCUCAGACAUUUACUGCUUUUUUCAGCACGGUUUAACCGGUCAAAAUUCAGACUGAUUCUGGAUUUACCAAAAGUUCCAAUUUUAAUAUUUCCUCCUCUAAAGCACAGUGCUCCCACCCCACCCGAAGACCACGGAGAAGAGCUGUACUCAGCUAUUCCAACCUGGCGACUCUCAUUUAAGGUAACUUGUUCAAGCUAUAGAAAGCAGAUCAGCGCUGUUUCACCCUGGUUUUCAAUUCAAGUAGAAUAUCUUCUCCAAGUUUGCUGGAUUAGGUUAGGCCUGCACCACAAUGUUCUUGAAUCAUCAUCAUGUCGAUGAAUUAAAACACUACCGAUUAGACAAUAGGUGCAGGAGUAGGCCAUUCGGCCCCUCGAGCCAGCACUGCCAUUCAAUGUGAUCAUGGAUGAUUAUCCCCAAUCAGUACCCCGUUCCUGCCAUCUCCCCUGACUCUGCUAUGUUUAAGAGCCCUAUCUAGCUCUCUCUUGAAAGCAUCCAGCGAAUCUGCCUCCACCGCCCUCUGAGGCACAGAAUUCCACAGACUCACCACUCUCCGAGAGAAAAAGUGUUUCCUCGUCUCCGUUCUAAAUGGCUUACUCCUUAUUCUUAAACUGUGUGUGGCCCCUGGUUCAGGACUCCCCCAACAUCGGGAACAUGUUUCCUGCCUCUAGUGUGUCCAAGCCCUUAACAAUCUUAUGUUUCAAUGAGAUAUCCUCUCAUCCUUCUAAACUCUAGAGUGUACAAGCCCAGCUGCUCCAUUCUCUCAGCGUAUGACAGUCCCUCCAUCCCGGGAAUUAACCUUGUAGAUUAUUCUUGCCUAGAAAUUCAUCCCCAAUUUGCACUAAUAUAUAUGGUAUACUAUCACGAGCAAGUUGUACCAAGGGACAAAUUCAUCCCAUUGGACUUGAUGGAAUGAACAUCAGAGGUCAUGUUCCUAACUUGCUGAGGCUAUCUGGUAUGUUCAACUCUACGAUGCUAACGGAAUCACGGGAUUUGGGGAAAAAGCAGGAACGGGGUACUGAUUGUGGAUGAUCAGCCAUGAUCAUAUUGAAUGGCGGUACGGGCUCAAAGGGCCGAAUGGCCUACUCCCGCACCUACUUUCUAUGUUUCAAUGUAGAAGAGGAACACAUUUUACCUCUGACUCUUAGGAGUCCCCAGAUGACUAAAAAUGCAUCACAUAAUCUCGUGGAUGAGCUGCAACGGUUUGCAUUUACAUGUGACUUCAGUACAGUGAGGCAAAAAGAAUUGAUUCAAAUCAUUUAAUCAUUUUAAUUUAUGUCAAUUUAAUUCAAUAAAGUGAAAGUCUGUUCACAAUGA